AGUAAUAUUCCAGUAUAAAAAGGCUCACUUUGAUUUGUUUGAUAAAUCACUUGCAGUUCGUUGCUAGUUGCAUUGUUUGCUCUUUGCACAUCUCGCAGCCAACGCUAGUCGUUUUAUUGCUAGUUCAGUGCAUUCUAGUAUUUUUCUCACUUUGUAUUUCUUCCAGCCAACGCUAGUUACUAUUUCAAAAUGUUACUUACGUUGCUAGGACUAACUGCUUUAAUUCUAAGAGAGAGGAAAAAAGUCAACGACACUCACUCAGGUCAAGAAGAAAAUGCAGACCAGAGUGAUGCACCACCUGUGAGGAGUUGUGAUGGUCAAGAAGUUGAUGACACAGAUACAGUCUGUGCCGCAUCCGACUCUGCUGUUCACUUCUCUCCAGCUUCUUUCGGUGCUGCGUCCAGCUGUACCGAUGACGUCCCCCAAACUACAGUCUGUGCCGCGUCCAGCUGUACCGAUGACGUCCCCCAGACUACAGUCUGUGCCGCGUCCAGCUGUACCGAUGACGUCCCCCAGACUACAGUCUCUGUACCGAUGACGUCCCCCAGACUACAGUCUUGGCCAGCGCCCAGCUGUACCGAUGACAUCCCCCAGACUACAGUCUGUGCCGCGUCCAGCUGUACCGAUGACGUCCCCCAGACUACAGUCUGUGCCGCGUCCAGUUGUAUUGAUGACGUCCCCCAGACUACAGUCUGUGCCGCGUCCAGCUGUACCGAUGACGUCCUGAAGUCCCCAAACUACGCCGAGUCCAGCUGUACCGAUGACGUCCCCCAGACUACAGUCUGUGCCACGUCCAGCUGUACCGAUGACGUCCCCCAAACUACAGUCUGUGCUGCGUCCAGCUGUACCAAUGACGUCCCUCAAACUACACUCUGUGCCACGUCCAGCUGUACCAAUGACGUCCCCCAGACUACAGUCUGUGCCGCGCCCAGCUGUACCGAUGACGUCCCCCAAACUACAGUCUGUGCCGCGUCCAGCUGUACUGAUGACGUCCCCCAAACUACAGUCUGUGCCGCGUCCAGCUGUAGUGAUGAAGUCCCCCAAAUUUCCAGCUGUACUGAUGACGACAAUUCUGCCAGAUUAAGUGAUGAUGUCUCAUUUUUCACUGCCACGCCCAAAUUAAUUGUGAGGGCCCCUCUAUCUUUUUUCCCUGUGAUGUCCAAAUUAAGUGAUGACGUCUCUCAAGCUUUUUUGUCUGCCAAGUCCUUAUUAAAUGUUGACGUCCCUCCAGCUUUAUUCUCUAUGACGUCCAUAGGUAGUGAUGACGUCCCUCCAGUUUUAUUUUUUGUCACGUCUGACUGUGGAGAUGAAGCCCUCCAAGCUUCAGUCCGUUUUGUAGCUGACUUGAGUGUUGGCGUCCCUCAGUCUCCAGUCCACGAAACAUUAGACUGUAGAGACAAUGUCCCCCGAGCUACAACCUGUGCAGCACCUGACUGUAGUGUCUAUGCUCCCCAAACUCAGUCAAGCCAGCUACAGGAUGAUGAGAAAACAAUUAUUGACAUCAAUUCACACCGUUAUGAAAUUGGCAGUCAGCUGGGUGAAGGAGGCUUUGGACAAGUUUAUGCAGCGACUCGUUUGGAUGAUGGCCUACAGGUGGCGAUAAAAUUUGCAUCUAACAAGAACACAGAGUUCAUCGGCAUUAACGGUUAUUCUAAACCUCUUCCUCUGGAGGUUGCUUUGCAAAUUCUUGCAAAUAAAGGCCCCAGGGUUCAGGAAAUCAUCCAGCUUCUGGACUGGCAGGUGGAGCCUGACUAUUACUUUAUGGUGCUAGAGCGGCCCAUGCCCUGUCAGUCCUUGUAUGAAUAUUUAAAGUGCCACGAGGGCACCAUUGAAGAGGACUUGGCACGAGUUAUAAUGCAACAGGCAGUAUUCGCAGCUCGAAUGUGCUGCCUUCGUGGAGUUCACCGGGAUAUUAAGCUGGAAAACCUUCUGAUUAACCCGGACACACUCGAAGUCAAAUUGAUUGACUUUGGCUGUGGUGCAGUCCUCACCGACGUGGGUUACACGUCCUUUGCUGGUAUGUAUGAUGAUCCCUCAAAGCUGUGAAGUGGGUGUCUAAUGGGAUCUUCUGUUGUGAAUCAAAUGUUAAAAUGCUGUGUUAAUGGAAACAAAAUGUCAUCUCCAGGCACAAGAGAGUACUGCCCUCCUGAGUAUCACAUGACCGGCAUGUACCACGGGGAACCAGCGACAGUGUGGUCACUCGGGAUCCUCUUGUUUGUGAUACUUUUCUGUAAAUUUCCAAAGAGACGACACCUGCACAAGAUUAAUGAUAAAAACUGGACCAAAGCUGGCUUGUCGAAAGAAUGCUGCGAUUUAAUCCGCCGCUGUCUACAGAUUGACCCAAAGCAGCGGAUUGAACUGGGGAAACUCAGUCUCCACGACUGGUUUAUGACUGCAGCCAAGGAGAAUAACAACGACACAAUAAUGGACAUCAAUUCAUGCCGUUAUGUAAUCGACUGUCAGCUGAGUGAAGGAGGCUUUGGAACCCUUUAUGCAGCGACUCGUUUGGACGAUGGCCAAAAGGUGGGGAUAAAAGUCGUCUCCAGCAGGAACACAAAGUUUAUCGGCAUUGUAAUUUGUUCCAAGCCUCUUCCUCUAGAGGUUGCUUUGCAAAUUCUUGCAAACGAAGGCCCCAGGGUCGAGGAAAUCAUCCAGCUUCUGGACUGGCGGGUGGAGUCUGACCACUACAUUUUGGUGCUAGAGCGGCCCGUUCCCUUUGAGGAACUGAACUGGUUUCUUCUGCAGCAAAUGGGUACCAUUCAAGAAGACGUGGCACGAAUUAUAAUGUGCCAGGCAACAUCCGCAGCUCAAACAUGCUGCAGACGUGGAGUGUUUCACCGGGACAUAAAGCUGGAAAACCUUCUGAUUAACCCGGACACACUCAAAGUCAAAUUAACUAACUUUGGGUGUGGUGAUUUCCUCAACGGUGUGGGUUACACGUCCUUCACUGGCACAAGAGAGUACUGCCCUCCUGAGUAUCACAUGACCGGCACGUACCACGGGGAACCAGCGACAGUGUGGUCACUCGGGAUCCUCUUGUUUCUAAUGCUGUGUGGGGAGUUUCCAAAUAGACGAGACCUGCGCUUGAUCGACGGUAAAAACUGGAACAAAGAUGGCUUGUCGGAAGAAUGCAGCGAUUUUAUUUGCUGCUGUCUGCAAAUCAAUCCAAACGAGCGGAUUGAACUGGAGAAACUUAGUCUCCACGACUGGUUUAUGAUUGCAGACGAGAAGAAAUGAGGGGGAGCAAAAGAAAAUAGUGUAAGUAAUGACAGGAAAGACAGGAAGUUCAGUGACGGCCAUGACAGGAAGACAAUGUACCCUGAUGAAAAUAUUCAUGGAUGCCCCAGUCCUAAACUACAAACAUUAUAUAAUAAUCAUUAUAUACAAAAUAAAAA